UGCGAUUUCUCCAACUUCCAUCUGAUUGUCCGCGACCGCUUCCUCACCGCCUCCACCAAACUCCAUCAAGAUUCCGCAACUCGCCGUCGCGAUCUUAAGGGAGAUUGAAGGAACCUGCAUUGUGUGAUUGACUGCUGCCUAGCGUUCGGCUGAUCAUCCUGCUUCUGCCAUGGGGGAAUCACAGAGUAGCGAGGACGCUUCCAGGUUCAGAGCUUUGGGCAACGGUGUCUCCGGUGCUGGGCAGGGGAGUGCUGGUGACAAUGAGCUCCACGAUGGGAGCAUUGCAUCGCAGGCUGUCAGGGCUUAUCCGAAUGGUGGGAGAUCCUUGGUUUCUGACGUUGGGUUGUUUGACACGUUGAGGGUUGGAAGCAACCAGUAUUUUGGUUUCUCUCACAGUGCCAGUGGUAAUCCCUAUGAUGAGCAGUCCUUGUCGUUUGCUUUUGAGGGCAUGGGCUUUGAUUCACGCAAAACUAAUUCACCUACCAGUCAUCACAAUGUACCACUGACAAAUGGACACUAUCCAUCUGAACGUGUGGAUGGUACUCUGAGCCAGCAGCAUGCACCUGCAACACGCCAAUGUGAUUCUUUGGGUCUACAGUUUAGUGUGCAACAUGCCAUGCAGAACAAUGAUGUUGAACACCAGGAACAAUCUCCCAGGUUUCCACCACAGUUGGGGACUUUCUCAAGAAACCCUGAGCUGCACAGCUUUGAUCGCAAUUUUGGUGUUCCUUGCCAUCCAUCAAUUGCAUCAGCUUCAUCCUUAAAAAUGUGGCAAUCUCAAAUGUACACACCCCAUGAUCAGAAUGUUGGCUCAAACUUCAUGUGGCAGCAAAAUACUGGUGUACAACCAUACUCUAUUAUGCAACCGAAUUAUGCAUGUCCACAAAUGCAGCAAGUUUCUGGGUUUGGUAUUUCUCGACAUAGGAGCAAUGAGCAGGCUGCAGUCUACCCUCCUGCAAAGGGCCCAUCCUCAUCAUAUAUUGGAACACCAAAUUUUCAUUGGCUGGAAAAUGGGUAUUCUUACCUAAACGGUGCUGCUUCUCAGAAAAGAAGAAAUAGUGGCGGUCUGAAUAAUACAUUUGCAGACAGCUUCCCAAGUACAUCUUACACCGGCAGUUCAUGUGGCAGUGGUGAUUUUCACCAUUUUCAAUGGGCAGAAAAGGUUUUCAAUUCAUAUGGACCGCAUCACCAGCAAGGUGAUAACCUCAGUCAUCCAUAUGGCUUAGGUUUAUCACAUCAUCAAAGAUCUGAUAUCGCUCAUCCAUAUGGCUUAGGUUUCUCACAUCAUCAAAGAUCUGAUAAACUCAACACAGCAAGUUACGUGGAGAGGAUCCGAAUGAGACCUGACGUUGGAAAUUCAGUAAAUUUUUUUGAUUUAUCUUCCUAUGCUCGCUUGCUGAACUCCCCAUUCUUGUCCUCACAAUCUGAUACAUAUAAAUCCAUUGAUGAAGUGAUGGGAAGAGUAUGCAUGCUGUCAAAGGAUCAAGAUGCAUGUCGCUUUCUACAAAAAUUAUUAUCAGAAGGCACUCAAGAGGACAUUGAUAAAAUCUUUGGUGAAAUAAUUGACAAUGUUGGUGAUCUUAUGGUGGAUCCAACUGCUCACUAUUUGGUGCAGAAGAUCCUUGAAGAGUGCACCAAUGACCAAAGGACACACAUGAUUCGUGAAAUCACUAAAGCACCCAUAAAGCUUCAUAAAGCUUCUUGCAAUGUGCAUGGGACCCGCGUUGUGCAGAAGGUUAUAGACACCAUGAAUACCCCUGACCAAGUGUCAAUGUUAGUGUCCGCCUUAAAUACUGGAAUGAUGUGUUUAAUGACUGAUUCUUAUGGGAAUCAUGUUGUGGACCACUGCCUGCAGAAAUUGUUACCUGAGCACAAGGCAUUCAUUCUUGAGGCUGCUGCAUCAUGCUAUCUUCAACUAGCAAGAGAUCGUCAUGGUUGCUGUGUCCUCCAGAAAUGUAUUGGUCAUUCAAGUGAUGAACAGAGAAACAACUUGUUGUGCAAGAUAACAUCAAGUGCCCUUACACUCUCAGAAGAUCCGUAUGGGAACUAUGUUAUUCAGUUUAUUCUGGACCUCAAUAUCGAAUGGAUAACAGUCAGAGUAGUGGAUGAGCUGGCAGGUCACUUUGGAAAUCUAUCCAUGCAGAAGUGUGGUUCCCAUGUUGUGGAGCAUUGCCUGAAGCUAGCGCCACGGCUGAUCUGUGAUAGGAUCAUCAACGAACUCAUGCAUGAUCCUAAACUGUUGGAUAUCAUCCUUGAUCAGUAUGGGAACUUUGUGAUUCAGACAGCGCUUAAACAGUGUCAGGGUGAACAUCAUGCUGCUUUUGUUGAAACUAUUAAGCCGCACACUGCUGUAAUGCAAAGUAACAUGUAUGGGAAGAAGGUUCUUUCAAGGAUAUGCUUGAAGAACAAGCACUGCCGAUUUGACCUCCAUUAACCUAGCAUUUUUUUUUUGGCGAACGUGUCUUCAGAGACAGCAGACGGGACGGAACCCUUGUACAAUUCUGUGAUAACUUGCAGAUCUUACAGAUAGUGUGUCUUGGCGAAAAGGGAAAAAGAUCUUUUCUUUCAAGGGAAAUUUUGGUUGGUUAGGGGAAGCAUUUUGUCGCUGCCAGUUUAGUGUAAUUUCGAAUGUAGAAUUAGUAUAGUUUCAUCUGCGUGUGAUGAUGGUGGUUUACAUUGCCGGCGUUGUUAUCAGUACUGUAGUUUAAUGUACCUGUCGAACUGUGAUAUCAGUAACAUCGUGUAAUGUGUUAGUUGUACGAUAAAAGCUAAAGUGGCACACUAGCCUGGUCAUUUUUUCUUUUGGAAAAAAAUGAAUUGAAUCGGUUGUUUGAACACUU